AUUCUACUCCUCGAUUUGUCAAAGUGCGGAAAGGCCAAACGUUUUUCAAAUUCUCCAGAGCCUUUUCUCCAUCAUCAUCUUUGUUCGGUAAACAACAACGAUCAUUUUCAGUUUCAUUCAUUGGUCGCCUCUCUUUUAGUAGUUCUAUUUCAAUACAAUAGUAUAGAUAUUAAAAUAUAUUGAACAACAUCCUUUCCCAUUCUCUCCCAUUCAAAUUCUGUCACCCAUUUUCCCAUAGUUUUAUAAUGAUUUUACGUUAUCCUCCACUUCAACAACAAACAAAUUCAUCAUCUUGUUCCCUUUUCCCUUCCCAAUUUGAUUCUCCCUUCCCGGUAAUGAAUAGCAAUACCAAUAAUACCAGUAAUUUUAUUUCAUUUAUUCAUCACUCAACUGAGAUUGAAAAUGAAAACAACUCCUCACUAAUGAAUGACGAACCACCAUGCACUCCUUGUUCUACAUGGUUGUCACUAACUUCUCUCCACCAACUCUCUUUCAAUUCUAAUAAUAACCUCAAUCCUAAUUGUAACACAUCUGAUAUGACUAGUUUAUCCUCCUCCACAACCACCACCACUUCAUGUACCAUUAGUAGUAAUUCUAAUGAAUCCCAACUUAUGCCUCCUCCACCUUCAUUCCAAUUCCCAACCUCAAUUCCCUCAAACAUUUCAGCAAAAGACUUAUUUGAAGAAGAGUUUCGUUUGAAAUGUAGCAAGUAUAGAAAAGUCAAUGAAGCCACCAGAAGUGUGAGCUCUCUCACUCCUUGCAGUUCUUCCUCAGCUAAAUCAUUGGAUAGCAAUGAAAAAUCUUCACAAGAUAUGGAACCAUCAACCAGUAAUAACAGCCCACAACAACUGAAAAUAUCAAUGCAGCAACUGCUACCAUUGUAUCAAAAGUAUUGAGCAAUGUCCUCUCCAAGAGCAGUGAAUUGAAACAAAAAAAGAUUCAAAAAAGAUCAGGAUUCAAGAGACAGGACAUUCCUCGAUUGGUUAUCCCAUCCGACCAAUCCUCAGCAAUAUUUGUUAAACAUUGUUCUUUACAAACUGGAAAGAAACAAUAAAUGAUUUUACCAAACUUUCUG